AUGAAUUACGAAAUAGACAUGUUUUGUGACGAGGUUGAGUCAUACGUCGCCAACAUUUCGCGAAGUACGCCCGGUGUAAAGUUCUAUCAGCUCAGCGAUCGGUUCAUGGAAAAGGAGGUGAUCAAGAGUUCAACGGCUCUAGUGCCAUUGAUAGGUUUGCUACUGUUUUUUAUGUUCACGUUUUCGAUUCUGUCAAACUCUUCGCGAAAGCCGCUAAAAAACAAACCGUUGGAAGGCGCCGCCGCUUGCCUGAGCAGUACAAUGGCGAUACUGUCGUCCAUAGGCCUUCUACUGCAUUGUAACGUCACCUUUAAUGGCACCGUUUACGCAGUGCCGUUCAUCACGAUGGCGAUCGGAAUCUGCGACUCGUUUCUCACCAUUCAGGCGUGGAAGCUGACUGAUCCUUGGCUACCGGCCAAGACAAGGCUCAGCAAGGCGCUGAGCGAAUCAGGCACCGCCAUCACCGUUACUUCUCUGACCGACAUUGCUCUGUUCGCCAUCGGGCUGCUGUCCGAGACGCCUGCCAUCAAAGUCUUCAGCAUUUUUGCGACGGUCGCUAUGACGUUCGACUAUUUGUACCAGAUCACGUUUUUCGUUGCGGUCAUUUUCAUUAACGGCAAAAGAGAAACUGAGAAGCGACCUUGUCUUCAGCCAACGAAGGCCACCUUUGCCAUAUCAGACUUUCUUCGCGAUGUCUACGCGCCGUUCCUGUGCAGACGAAGUACGAAAAUCGUUGGGAUGCUCGUCUACGUGAUAUACCUGUUCGCUUCGUUUUGGUUCACCAGCCGGAUCAAAGUGCACUUUACGCCAACAAAGCUGGUCAGCGAGGACUCGCCUCUCGUGAGCUACGCGAAGAUGUUCGACCAUUAUCAGGUUUACAGUCGAGAGUUACAAAUAUUUGUUCUGAGCCCGCCGGACUUUCACUUCGUUCGUGCUCUCGAAACCACCAAAUACUCUGGAGGCGAGAAGACGACCAACCUCUGGUUGCGCAAUUACAUGGACUUCAUGCAGUUGUACGGCUGGCAAAGCGACGAGUUUUACGAACACGUCACCGAAUUUCUUGACGUACUACAGUCGAAACAUUAUACCGUUCAGCUUCGCUUAACCGACGACGACGAGAAAAGAGUCGAGAAGUUCUACUUUACAACAAACUUCCACACGUCGGUCGGCAUCGAAGAAUGGAGUGACAUACUGAAACUGUGUCGCAAGAUCUGCAACCAGUACGCCGAACUGGACGCCGUCGUGGACAUCGGCUAUCAGGCGAUGGUAACCGAUCAACUUGCGAGUAUCGUUCCAAACACUUUGCAAACGGUCAGCACGGCGUUCAUAUGUCUGAUGGUGAUGAGUGCGUGUGUGAUUCCAAGACCUUCGAGCAUAUUCCUGGUCGGCCUGAUGUUGUUCUCGAUGGAUCUCGGCGUGAUCGGCUUCCUGUGUCUGUGGAACGUAGACCUCGACCCGGUUUCUAUCAUCAACAUCGUCAUUAGCCUUGACUUUGCCGUCGAAUACGCGGUACACAUCUGUCACUUUUAUUACAAAUCGCCUUCGACUGAUCCACGCGAAAAGUUGCGCCACAGUUUGGGCACCGUCGGAUGGCCGGUCAUGCAGGGUGGUCUGACGACAAUUCUCGGCGUUUUACCGUUCAGCUUCACCAAGCUCUACGUGUCGCAAGCUUUCAUGAAGACCUGCCUGCUUGUCGUCUGUACCGGCUCUUUCCACGCCUUCCUCGUCGUUCCUAUCCUGCUGCUAAUUAACAGUGGUCGCAGUCCCUUGAACCUGCGGUCGUUAAAAAAUAUUUCAACUUCGGAAUGA